UAAUUUUUAUUUUUGAAGAUGAUAAGAAACAGUAGUUCAUAUAGCAUUUAGGAGUCAACAUACCAAAUUUAAAAACCUAGUUCGAAUUUAGACAUGAAUUCUUCAAUGUGUUUAAGUCAAGAAUUCUAAUAAAAUAGAUCAUUGAACAAAUAAUAUGCCAAUAGAUUUUUAGGUGAAUGGCAUGAGGAGACCUAUCGGGUAACGAGAAAAUAUGUUCCUUCCCAGACAAAAGGAUUAAAUCUGUAUACAACCUAUUGCACCCCAGAAAAUCCAAUUGCAACAAUAGUAAUACUUCACGGGUAUGGAGAUCAUUCUGGUAGAUACUUUCACGUUGCAGAUGAAUAUGCGAAAUAUGGGUUUUAAGUCAUUUUAUAUGACUAAAGGGGAUUUGGUAAUUCAGGUGGCAUCAGAAGCCAUGCAGAUAUCAAAUAAAUGCAUUAAGAUCUAGAAUGCAUUUUAGAAACAAUAGAAAGAUCCUAAUCAAUAUUUUUAUAAUGCUAAUCUCUAGGUGCUGCGGUUGGAUUAAGUUUCUGUAUUGCAAAUCCGUCAAUUAUCCUCUAAGGAGUCAUAGUAGUAAAUCCAUAUCUUUAAUUUGCCGAAAAAUAUGGAUUUUUUAAAAGGAUGUUGCUUACUGUAAUGAAUAAGAUAAUUCCUGGUCUCAUGGUUAAUUCCUAUAUAGAUUAUGGCCAUUGCAGUAAAAACAAUAACAUAAUCAAGAGUGUUGCUGAGGAUAGUCUUGUACAACCCUUUAUGAGUAUUGGAAUGGCUUAUAACAUAUUGCAGUUGGAUUCUUAUAUAUUACCCAAUGCUAACUAAUUCACUUAACCUUUAUUGAUUUUACAUGGGAAAGAAGACAAAGUGGCCAGUCAUAUGAAUUCAGUAGAAUUAUAUCGUGAAGCAGGAUCGAAGGACAAGACAUUAAAAUUAUUUGAUAAAGGAUUCCACGAACUCCAGAAUGAUGUAGAAUUUGAAAGAGUGAAAAACGUCAUCCUCAAUUGGUGUUAAAAAUAAAUUAACAAAGAUAAGAGAAUUAGUUAUUUAAGAGGGCUAAGUCAUGGUUUAAUUGCCAAGAACAAUAAUAGUUCGAAAUUCUUAGUUCUUUCUUGGAUUUUUAUAUAUUUCAUGUUAAAAAAUAAAAUGAAAAAUCUUGGAAAAAUUGCUAAAUCUAUUUGUAUUUUAGCAUUGAUGAUUGCAUCUCUUAUUGUUCGUAUUAGAUGGUGAUUAUUGUUUAACAAAAUUUUAAUUUAAUUUAAUUUAAAAGUA